CACCCCCGUCGCUCCCAUCCGCGCGCGCCGCCGGUCCGAUGUUCCGCGUCUCCCGCCUCGCCGCCGUCGCGGCUCUCCUCGCGAUGUGCGCGCACGUGUUCCCUCGCGGCGCGCACGCGCUCGGCGUCACCGACGACCACCCCCUCGUCGCGCGACAGGGCGCGCCCGAUAUGGCCCUCUGCGAUCGCGCGGACGCGGGCCACCGCCGCGCCACGCAGCGCGGCGACCAGAUGCUCAAGCUCGGCAGGCUGGAGGUCGCCGAGGCGUGCUACCUCGGUGCGCUCAGGCAGAAGAACGACUUCCCCAUGGCGCUCUACGGCCUCGGCGAGGUGCACACGCGCGCCGAGGACGACGACCGCGUCGAUCUCGCCGAGUCCGCGUACAAACUCGCGCUGGAAAACUGGCCGCAGUACGUCGACGCCUACAUCGCCCUCGGCGACCUUCACGAGCGCCGCGAGCGCAACGACGACGCCGUCGCCGCCUACACGAAGGCGCUCGAGGUCGCGCCGGGCGACGUCAUGGCGUGGGAGGCGCUGGGACGCCACCACCUCGCGACGUCAGAUUUCGACAAGGCCAAAGAGUCGUACGAAAAGGCUUUGACGACGGCUACGAAUGGGGAAUCGUCCCCGGGCCUGAUCCUCGGCCUCGCCAAGGCGGCGUGGGGCGCCGGUUCGAAGCUCGAGGGCGCCGAGGCGACGAAGAAGUUCGUCGAGUGCGUGUCGCACGCGGAGAAGGCGACGAACCUGGCGCCCGAUUUCGGCCAGGCGGCGCACUGGAACGGCAAGUGCCGAACGCACCUCAAGCAGACGAAGAAGGCGACGGAGCUGCUGUUCCGAGCCGUCGAGCUCGACCCGGAGCAGCCCGAGCACCACUCGUUCCUCGCGGGUGAGCUGGUGAAGCUCGGGCGGGUGAAGGAGGCGCGGGAGGUGAUCAUGAAGGGCAUGGAGUGGGUGGAGAAGGACGAGGCGGAGAAGGAGAAGGCGUUUCAAGCCGCAGCCGCCGAGGAGGACGCCAAGGACGAGCUGUGAGUGCAAGGACGAGCUGUGAGUGCAAGGACGAGCUGUGAACGCGGGGCCAACCCCCGAACGGACGACGCGUUCGACUCUCGGUCCGAUUAUUUUUAACACACGUUUGAUUAACCGGU